AUGCUAUGUUUGCUAUUUUACACUCUCUGUGCAGGUCGGUGCCCUCCAGGUCAAACCAUUAGAAUUCCGGAAGGAACAACUUCCAUUGCUGAUAGACAAUAUGAAUAUUGCGUCACUGUUGAUACUCUUAUAAUGCCUGAUACUGUGACAUCGAUAGGAGCAUUAGCAUUUGAUACCAAUCCUAUUAAAAAAGUUACUCUUUCAAAAAAUUUAAUCUCAAUCGGAUAUGCUGCAUUUCGUAAUGCAGGUUUUGAAGAGAUUGUGAUUCCAGAUGGGGUUACAGUACUAAAUCAAGAGACUUUUUAUGGAUGUUCGAGUCUAAAAAAGGUCACUCUUCCAAAAAAUUUGAAGUCAAUUCAUACUAGAUGCUUCGGCAAAACAAUUGUCGAAGAAUUAGUUUUUCCAUAUGGCCUUCAAUACAUUGGUUACGAAAUAACUGAGGAAAACCGCUGUCUCAAGCGAGUCGUUAUUCCAGAUUCUUGUACUUCAAUAAUCUUUUAUGCAUUUGCCGGAUGCUCUGGACUUCAAGAAAUUAUUCUUCCAAAAGGUAUUAAAGCGUUAAAUGAAUCCCUUUUUUCAGGCACAGCGUUAAGAAAUUGCACUAUUCCAGAUACAGUUGAAAUAAUUGGACCAUCAUGUUUUAGUCGAACCGAUUUAAAAACAAUAUCAAUUCCACCAAAGGUAAUUCAAAUAGGUAAAAAUGCAUUUUAUAAGUGCUGGGCUUUGGAAUCCAUUACAUUUGAAGGCAAUAAUUUGAAAGAAAUUGGCCAGUUGGCAUUUUCUCAUUGCGGGAGAUUAAAAAGGCUCACUUUUCCAAGUUCAUUAGUUAAUGUCUCGAUGGAUGUAUGUGAAGAAUGCAAUGUAUUAAGGACAGUAGUGAUCCAAUGUGAUUUAAAGGCUUUUGUGUAUUAUGGUGACACGCUUUCUUACGGUCAUUUCACUGAAUUGAAAACAUUGGUUUAUGAAUCAAAUACACCAAUACCAGAAAGAAAUAAUUUCUCAAUUUUCAGAAUCCAAACACUUAUUAUUAACAAUAGUAAUCUCGAAUCCAUGGGAGAUAUUCCUGAUGCAUAUAGAUUAUCUACAAUUGUUAUUGUUGAUCCUUCAUCAAAGUUUACAUUUUCUCCAAGUCUACGUAAAGAUAUAACUUUAAAUAUAUCAAUAUCUAGAUCAAUCAAAGGCUUCACAGAGAAUGUUUUCGAGAAUGUAUCAAUUGACACAUUUAUAUAUUGUGGUAAAUCAAUAUCCGAUAAUUCUUUCCUUAAAAACUCUAAAGGAUUCAAAAAAGUAAUUACAUCAAGCGCAUUUAGAGGUGAGACUAUAGGUGGUGUCAAGAUCAGCGAAAAAACAGAUCAAUGCACUCAGCUGAUUCCAUUCGAAGUUAAAUAUCAGGAAGAAUCUGGAAGUGAAGAACCAGAAAAAACCAACGAACCAGAGAAAUCAUCACCUGCUACUGCUAGCAGUAAUAAUAACAACCAAGACAACAGUGGUGGCAACAAUGAAGAAAACGAUUCUAGUAAAGAUGGCAAAGGGAAAGGUAAAGGCGGAAAAAUUGCUGGAGGUAUAAUUGGAGCAAUUCUUAUUCUGGCAGCCAUUGCAGUCAUUGCUUUCUUCAUUUACAAAUAUAAAAUACACAAAUCCGAAAACGAUUCAGAAGAACAACACGUUGAAUUAUCAUUAGUUUAA